GCGUUUUUAUUUCGUUUCGAACGCGAGAACCGUGCGGACGUGUGCGGUUGAAACAGAAACCGAAACAGUAAGCCACGGUGACCAAGCACCAAGUUCUCUUCACCCCUCACCUUUAACCCUCAACAGGCGGCCACCGAAAAAUUCGAAGAGACCACUAAGAAAUAGAAACAAUUAAUGUGAAGCCCCCGCCCCGACCCCUCUGCAAUUUUGAGUCAAUUGUGUGCCUAAAACCAAACGAACAAAUCUGACAGUUUUUGUUGCAUUUUUUUAUUGUGUUUGACUACAUAGCGUAAGCAAGUGCAAGUUCUUAAAAAAAAAGAAAAACACGAAAAUUCAAAAGUCCUGGAUUAUUUUGAAUUUUGCCAAACUUCAAAGACAACAACAAUAAGCGGCAGGCUCGACUAACGGUGAACAGCCAAGUGAAAUCUCAGGCAAGGCAACAACAAAAAGAAAAACAGAAAUCAGCAAAAAGAAAAGAAAAAGCAAAGUCAGACAGAAGAAGAAGAAGCACCAGCAAUACCAGCAGCAGCAAGUGCAAGAGAGCAAAAAGAGCUCGCAAAAGAGAGCGUGUGUGCGUGUGCGAGCCGAGUGUGUGUGACUUCCUUGUUUAAAGUAAUUUAUUGAAAAUCACCCGAAUCAAAAUCAAAUUGCAAAUCAAGGCAGUUGUUUUCUGUCUUCGGCAAAGAAAAACCCCACAGACAAGCCAGCAAACAAGACACACACUUGCUUGAAAAACGCACAAUGACCUUGCCCACAAACACACACGCAUCUGCAAACGACGGCGGCAGCGGCAACAACAACCACAGCAAUAUUAGCAGCAACAACAACAGCAGCAGCGACGAAGACUCGGACAUGUUUGGACCACCCCGCUGCUCCCCGCCCAUCGGCUAUCACCAUCACCGUUCCCGUGUGCCCAUGAUCUCGCCAAAGCUGCGGCAGCGCGAGGAGCGCAAGCGGAUCCUCCAGCUGUGCGCCCACAAGAUGGAGAGGAUCAAGGACUCGGAGGCGAACCUGCGGCGCAGCGUCUGCAUCAACAACACCUACUGCCGCCUGAACGACGAGCUGCGGCGCGAGAAGCAGAUGCGCUACCUCCAGAAUCUGCCCAGAACCAGCGACAGCGGCGCAAGCACCGAACUGGCGCGUGAGAAUCUCUUCCAGCCGAACAUGGACGACGCCAAGCCGGCCGGCAAUAGCACUAGCAAUAAUACCAACGCCAACGGCAAGCCUUCAUCCUCCUUUGUCGAUGCCUUUGGCUCCUCAAACGGAUCGUCGUCGGGUCGCGGCGGAAUUUGCUCCCUGGAGAAUCAACCGCCCGAGCGUCAGGAGCUGGGGACACCCGCUGGAGCCUCCGCUCCCGAGGCGGCCAAUUCGGCGCCCCUUUCCGUUUCGGGCUCGGCAUCGGAACGCGUGAAUAACCGGAAGCGCCACCUGUCCAGCUGCAACUUGGUCAACGAUCUGGAAAUACUGGACAGGGAGCUGAGCGCCAUCAAUGCACCCAUGCUGCUAAUCGAUCCAGAGAUUACCCAGGGAGCCGAGCAGCUGGAGAAGGCCGCCUUGUCCGCCAGCAGGAAGAGAUUGAGGAGCAAUAGCAGCAGCGAGGACGAAAGUGAUCGCCUGGUGCGCGAGGCUCUGUCCCAGUUCUACAUACCGCCACAGCGCCUGAUCUCCGCCAUUGAGGAGUGUCCCCUGGAUGUGGUUGGCUUGGGUAUGGGAAUGAAUGUGAAUGUGGGAGGAAUCGGUGGAAUCGGUAGCAUCGGAGGAGCUGCAGGCGCUGGCGUCGAAAUGCCCGGAGGCAAACGGAUGAAGCUGAAUGACCAUCACCAUCUCAACCACCAUCACCAUUUGCACCACCAUCUGGAGCUGGUCGAUUUCGACAUGAACCAAAACCAAAAGGAUUUCGAGGUGAUCAUGGACGCCUUGAGGCUGGGAACGGCGACGCCGCCGAGCGGCGCCAGCAGCGAUUCUUGCGGUCAGGCGGCGAUGAUGAGCGAGUCGGCCAGCGUGUUCCACAAUCUGGUGGUCACCUCGUUGGAGACAUGAAAGUACCAGUGAAUCCCCGAGCAGCAGACAAAGAUUAAAGAGUUUAGAUUUUAUAUAAGACAUUUGCAUACCGUUUUUAAGCGAACAUUUAGGCUAUGACCCAUGUACUAAUCUCUAAGCUAUUAUUAUAUAGGAAGGAGCAGGAAGAAGAUCGGGCGGAUUGGCCAGUAUUACUCAUUAAUGGCAGUCGCGAUUUGUACAAACAAAAAUACACAAAAAUAGUUGUAGGCAAUGGAAAAAACAAAAAACAAAAAUCAAAGAAUUUGUAGUCAAAACAGCAGAAACAAACAAAAAACCAGAACAAUCUAUAAGUUAUAUUUAAAGCAAGGAAAAUCAACUCCAUACUUGUAACAAAUCGACAAAAAUUCAGUUGUGGUUUCCAUUUCGGUUUCGCAGAGAGGUCCGUUUAAUUCAAAAUACUAAAUACUUCCAAUUAAACGAAAAACUAUGUAUAUGAUGUAUAUGCCAGUGACAUUCCACAUUGCUAUCCCUACUGAAUUUUUGUAUUUCCUACACAAAUCCCAUCCAUUGGAUGUUCUAUAAAAUAUCUCACACACGAAAGAGUGUCAAAAAUGUCUUGCGUUGAGAAAUAAAUAUGCGUACAUACAAAUAUAGUGUUUACAGAAAACCUCCGAAGUUCUCCUAGUCAUACAAAAAACCAACCAACUAACUAACGAAAGAGAACACACCACGCUAUCCCAAACAAAUUCUAAAAAAUAAACAAUGCAAGGUUUCAUUUAUUAAAUUCCAAAUGAACUUCGUUUAUUAAGCUUAAUUGGUUCCCACUUUUUGGCCUGUGCACAAAUACAAAGGAUGAAGACAAUGUUCUAAUAAGAAAACUGAGACAUGAAAGCAAGUUAAAAUAGCAAUUAAAACAACAAAAAACAAAACCACAAAAUAUUAUACAAAAAAGUGCAAUUAGAAUUUUUUAAAAUAUUGAUGAAAGCAAGCCUCAAAAACAAAAACAACAAAAGUGCAUUCAAAAAGAUUUAAACACAAAUCGGGCAAAUUAACAGAUUAUAAAGGUAAUAAUAUAGUAGACAAAGUAAGACAAACAAGCAAAAACCACAAAAAAAAAAAAAACAAUUUUUUCUUCGAAAAAAAUUACGGCUGUGAUAGAAUUUUAAGUUUUUGGCUAAAAAAAGAAGGGAAGAAUUGAAGUGAAAUGAAAAAAGGAAAGAAACCACAAAAAAUUAACAUUUAAAGUACUACAAAAUAUACCAGGCAUUAAAUCAUGAAUAUUAUGAUCUAUGUGUAAACGAACAUUUAGUAUUUGUAAGACAGAAGAAGAAAAGAAACUAAUCGAGUAGAAGAAAAGCGCGUGCUGUACUUUCUUUCCGCGAGAGAGAAGCGAAAGAAAGAGAGAAUCGCUUGGCUUUCAUUGAUUUUAUAUAUAGAUAUAACAUAUUUUUUGCAUUUUCUAUAAGUCGCCUCGCCUCGCCUAAGCUUUCGAUUUCGUUACACGUUUCACGUUCCUCGUUCCUCGCUUUUGUUUUCGUUCGCGUUCGCGUCUUUUUUGGCCCAGAAGAAAGCAGACCACAAACACAAGCAAUCUGUUCCGUUCCCACAAGUGGAGAUAGUUCCAUGGGUAGUACGAGUAUAUCUAUGUAUAUACCUAUUUUUAAGUCAAAGACUCAAGACUCUAAGAAUCUAGAGAGCAGGUCCUUCAUCGAUUGAAUGCCUUUCCCAUUUUCCCCAUUCCCCCAUUUUCCCAUUUGCGUUGCUCCCGUCGACUUUUGUUAAUGCUUAAGUUUUUUUUAUGAUAUGAAAUGAUUAUUUUUGAUAUGUUUAUGCAAUUAUCGUUCGUUUUAGUAGAAGAAUUACUUAGCCUAUGACCGUACACGUUAAGUGAACUUAUCCGUAUGUAUUUCCAUUAUAGUUAAUAUUCCUGCAUAUGCAGACUACAUGGAUGAACCAAUAUACCAAUAUACAUUAUACGUACAUACAUACAUAUAGUGCUCUGCCCGAUCGCGUAUUUAUCGCGCCGCAGGCGAACUAUGGAACAUUCAAAGCUAUGCAACAAAUGCAAAAUAAAUUAUACAAAAAAAGUCCAAA